GGGGCCGGCCGUCCGAGCGAGCGCUCGCCGGCCGGCAGGAGCAUGCAGCUCCGCGCCUGCUAGCUUGGCCGGCGGCCGGGCGCGCCGGUUCGUUGCUAUCCUCCUCGUGAGCCGGCCCCGCCGGGGUUUAAUUAUCCGUUUCGCCCCUUCCUCGUCUGCGCCAACGCUGCCGGCCCUGCCUGGCUUUUGGUUCGUUGUAGGUUGGGGUGUUAGGG